GGACUUUGAAGACCAGAGAACUGAAGUAAGGGAUACUCUGCCCUGGCAGGGGAGACAGACUCCCUCCCUCUGCUUCUAAAUACCGAAGGAGUUGGGGCCUGGAAGAAGUUGCAGCAUGUCAUCGAAGAGAGUGCCAUUUUACCAGAGAAGGCAUAAACACUUUGAUCAGUCCUACCGCAACAUUCAGACAAGAUACUUGCUCCAAGAAUAUGCAGCAAGAAAGGUCGCUUCUAGACAGGCGGCUUCUUUUAGGUCCUCUGCCGGUACAGAAAGAACUACAUGUAGGCUCUGUGCCAGGAGAUUGCACACCUCAGCUGAAGAAGAGUCACAAGAAUACAGGAAAAGGACUCAUGAACAAAAGUCUGAUAUAAGUGAAGAGAAGAGGAUCCGGUUUGCUGCCAGUUUGGCUGAUGUGGAAGAAGAGCUUCGUUCAGCCAGGCUCCUUGCAAGAGAACAUCUGGAUAGAGUUACCAUACAAAGGAUGGUAGAAGAACAAAUGGCCUUGGAAAGAUACACUGUUGAAGAAAGUAUAAGUCGAGCUCCUGAAAUUUUGGUACGACUGAGGUCUCAUACUGUUUGGGAAAAAAUGUCUGUGAGGCUUUACUUCACUGUACAAGGAUUUCCUACCCCUAUUGUACAAUGGUAUAAAAAUGAGGAAUUGAUUUCACCUGCAAGUGAACCAGGAAAGUACAGCAUUGAAAGCAAAUAUGGAGUGCAUAUGCUGGAGAUACACAGAGCUAAUUUUGAUGAUACUGCCACCUAUUCAGCAGUUGCAACGAAUGUCCAUGGGCAGGUGUCAACCAAUGCUGCUGUGGUUGUGAGGAGGUUCAGAGGGGAUGACGAGCCAUGCCCUAGUGGGAUAUUACCCAUCAAUUUGCCCCUGCCAUCAGAAGUUUGCUUCACCCAUAUUGAUGUUCAGUUUUUGGAGAAGUUUGGUGUCACCUUUGGGAUGGAAGGCGAAACAGUUACCCUCAAAUGUGCUCUGCUGAUCACUCCGGAUCUGACUAGGCUUCGACCUCGUGCUGAAUGGUACAGAGAUGGUGUGCUAAUAAAAGACUCCAAGUGGACGAAAAUCUCCUUUGGAGAAGGCCAGGCAGCACUGUCUUUCACACAUCUGAACAAGGAUGAUGAAGGCUUAUACACCCUGCGCAUAAUCACAAAAGGCGGGGUGAACGAGUACAGUGCAUUCAUGUUUGUCAGAGAUGCUGACGCAUUAAUUGCUGGGGCACCCGGGGCACCAAUGGAUGUUAAAUGCUAUGAUGCUAACAGAGAUUAUGUCAUUGUAACCUGGAAACCACCAAAUACAGCCAGUGAGAGUCCAGUCAUAGGCUAUUUUGUUGACAGAUGUGAAGUGGGUACUGAGAACUGGGUCCAGUGCAAUGAUGCUCCAGUAAAAAUCUGCAAAUACCCUGUAACUGGACUGUUUGAGGGACGGUCUUACAUAUUCCGUGUGAGAGCAGUGAACAAGUCGGGUAUUAGCAGGCCAUCUAGAGUCUCUGAAGCAGUUGCAGCUCUUGAUCCUGUUGACCUGGAGAGAUUACAAACUGUUCAUCUGGAUGGAGGCAGAGAAAUUGUAAUAUGUCAGGAUGACCUUGAAGGCGAUGUUCAGAUUCCAGGACCUCCCACCAAUGUACAUGCUUCUGAAACCAGCAAAACAUAUGUUGUACUCAGCUGGGAGCCACCUGUUCCCCGUGGCAAACAGCCAUUAAUGUAUUUCAUUGAGAAGUCUGCGGUUGGCAGUGGAAGCUGGCAAAGGGUCAAUGCCCAGGUUGCAGUGAGAUCUCCUCGCUAUGCAGUGUUUGAUCUUGCAGAAGGAAAAUCGUAUGUUUUCCGCGUCUUGUCAGCAAACAAGCAUGGCAUUAGCGAGCCUUCGGAAAUAACACCACCAAUUCAAGCACAAGAGACCAUUGGUGUCCCAUCUGCUCCUGGUCGUGUACUGGCAACAAGAAAUACAAAAACAUCAGUUGUGGUACAGUGGGACAAGCCAAAACAUGAAGAAGAUCUGUUUGGCUACUAUAUUGAUACUUCUGUGGUGGGAACAAACCACUGGGAACCUUGCAAUCAUAAACCUAUUAAAUAUAAUAGGUUUGUGGUUCAUGGUCUGACAACUGGAGAGAAUUACAUCUUCCGUGUAAAAGCUGCGAAUGCUGUGGGAGUCAGUGAAAAUUCUCAAGAAUCUGAAGCUAUAACAGUACAGGCAGCCCUCACCUGUCCAUCACAUCCUUAUGGCAUCACACUCCUUAACUGUGAUGGUCACUCAAUGACUCUUGGGUGGAAACUGCCAAAGUUCAGCGGAGGAUCACCAGUCCUUGGUUAUUAUAUAGACAAGAGGGAGGCUCAUCACCAUAACUGGCAUGAAGUCAAUUCUUCCCCUGUUAAGGAGAGAAUUUAUACGGUAGAGGAUUUGACAGAAAACUCCUUCUAUGAAUUCAAAGUCGCUGCUGCAAACCUGGCUGGUAUAGGCCUUCCCUCAGAUCCCAGUGAGCACUUUAUGUGUAAAGCCUGGACCAUGCCAGAAGCUGGGCCUGCCUAUGAUCUGACAUUCUGUGAAGUUAGGAAUACAUCACUGGUACUUCUAUGGAAAGCACCUGUGUACAGUGGUAACAGUCCCAUUACCGGGUAUUUUGUGGACUAUAAAGAAGUAGAUUCAGAAGAGUGGACCACCGCUAAUGAAAAACAAAUUUCACACUGUUACUUAAAGGUCAAUGACUUACAUGAGGGCAAAACCUAUGUUUUCAAAGUCCGUGCAGUGAAUAAAGCUGGUAUAGGCAAAUCAUCUGAUAUUUCUGAGCCAGUGCUUAUCGAGGCAAGACCAGGAACCAAGGAAAUUACCGCAGAUGUGGAUGAAGAAGGUAAUAUUUACCUAGCUUUUGAUUGCCCAGAAGUUACAGAGGCAUCAGAUUUUACUUGGUGUAAAUCCUAUGAAGAGAUUACUGAUCUUGAUAAAUUUAAUGUUGAAACAACUGGAGAGCAUUCUAAGUUGUACUUCAAAAAUCCUGAUAAAAUGGAUUUGGGAACCUAUUCUGUAGCUGUUAGUGACACAGAUGGCAUCUCAUCCAGCUUUAAAAUGGAUGACAAAGAGCUUGAACGUCUGAUGACACUAAGCCAUGAUAUAAAGAACCCAACAAUUCCUCUGAAAUCAGAAUUAGCUUAUGAGAUGUUUGAUAAAGGAGAGGUUCGUUUCUGGGUUCAAGCUGAGAGUUUGUCACCAAAUGCCAGCUUCAGAUUUGUUGUUAAUGAUAAAGAAGUUGUAAACAGUGAUCGCCAUAGAAUUAAGUGUGACUAUUCAAAUGGCAUUAUUGAGAUGCUGAUGGACCAAUUUACAAUUGAAAAUGAAGGUACUUACACUGUACAAAUUGAAGAUGGAAAUGCCAAGAACCAGUCUUCAUUAGUUCUCAUUGGAGAUGCAUUCAAGGCUGUAUUGGCUGAGGCUGAGCUCCAGAGAAAGGAGUAUCUCAGGAAACAAGGUCCUCAUUUUCUGGAGUAUUUAUACUGGGAAGUUACAGAAGAUUGUGAGGUUUUACUUGUUUGUAAGGUGGCAAACACUAAGAAGGAGACAUUUUUCAAAUGGUACAAGGAUGGUUCUGGGCUUGAGGUUAAAGAGUUGCCUGAUUUACAGAAAGGAGUGUGCCAGCUAACUAUUCCAAGGCUGUCUAAAAAGAAUCAAGGUGAAUAUAAGGCAACAGUGUCAGAUGACAGAGGUCAGGAUGUGACUACUCUUGAUAUAUCAGGAAAAGUGUUUGAUGAUAUAAUCCUGGCAAUGAGCAGGGUCAUUGGUAAAUCUGCUUCUCCAUUGAAGGUCCACUGCACUCCAGAAGGAAUAAGACUUCAAUGUUUCCUGAAGUACUAUGCAGAUGAAAUGAAAGCUAACUGGUAUCAGAAGGAGUCUAAGGUUUCUUCUGGUGAAAAGAUGAGGAUUGGAGGUAGUGAAGAAGUUGCCUGGCUGCAGAUAUGUGAGCCCACUGAAAAGGACAAAGGGAAAUACACCUUUGAAAUUUUUGAUGGCAAAGAAUCCCAUAAGCGCAUGCUUGAUCUAUCUGGACAAGCUUUUGAUGAUGCAUAUGCGGAAUUCCAGAGACUCAAGGCAGUGGCUUUUGCUGAGAAGAAUCGUGGUAAAGUGAUAGGAGGUUUGCCCGAUGUGGUGACUAUAAUGGAAGGCAAGACUUUGAAUCUGACCUGUUCUGUAUUUGGAAAUCCUGAUCCUGAAGUCGUGUGGCUUUGGAAUGACAAGAAAUUUGAACUUAAUGAACAUUAUUUAGUUUCAAUGGAGCAUGGAAAUGUUGCCAGCUUUACAAUCAAGGGAGUGUCCUCAGAGGACUCAGGCAAAUAUAGCAUCAAUGUCAAGAACAAGUAUGGUGGAGAAACAGUGGAUGUCACUGUAAGUGUGUACAAACAUGGUGAAGAGAUGCCUGACAUUAAACCUUCCCAGGUUGCUAAACCACGGAUAAUACCACCACCAGCACAAGACACAGCACCUCCAGAAAAAGCAAAAACAACCUCCACAGCUGAGAAAUCCAGUAGGAAAUAAAGUUUGAAAGCCAUGUUUGACAGGCAAAACCAUAUAGAUAAGCUGUAGUUGAAGCGUUGCUGCAAAUAGAUAACUGGCACUGUCCCAAGAAAUGAGCUUUUAAAGGCAUGCAUUAGAGAGACAAUUGUGCAACAGUAUUGUACAUUUGUGCAGUUAUGUCUAUGAAAAAAUGCAAUAUGGCACGACUUACAAAUAGCAACAGGCCCAAUACCUGCCAUUGGGUUUAAUUAUCAAUGGCAGUUUCUAUAAAGUUACAGUGAUAUAAAUUUUCUUCGCUGAGAAUCAGUUCUCCAACAACAGAAGUAGCAUGCUGUAGUUAAAUAUGCAUUCAGAGCCGCACCUACUCAUUAUUCACAUGUGGAGUCUUUUUGACUUUGAAGGUACUCCUCAUCUGAGUAAGGCAAACUGAGAUGUCCACUGUAGUCUGUAUUUAGUAGCAUUGUUAUUCUGUACCGCAAACUGAUCUUUGGUAGUGUUCUACAGAUGAUCACAGUGGACUUGUUAAAGCAUAAGUUACAUGGUUGUAUUUUGUUUUUCUUGCUUUGUGCUGAUAAAACUUAAAAAGUCACCUUGUGCGUCUCACUGCACCAAAUCACACCUAACUAAUUUGGUUUACUCUUUCAUUGUUUAAUUAUGGCUUAUUGCAUAAUUUCACAGCUGGUAGCAUGCAGACAAUGGGGUUUCAAUAAAGAAAACACAUUA